AUCAAAAUUUUUCGAGGAACUAACGGUUUAAGAAAAUUCUGAAAAAUUUGUGGAGAAACUCAAAUUUUUUGAUAAAACAUUUCGGCGGAAAAUUCAAAGUUUUUGAGAAAAAAAUGUCAGUGGAAAAUUCAAAUUCUUCAGCAAAAAACCACUUUCCGUGAGACCUCCAAAAUAAUAACCACGUGGAUGAAAAAUUAUUACCACGCGGAUGAAAGUUUCAAAUUUUAAUCAUUACCGCUUCUCUACUCUUCAAAUUUACCAGUUCGAUAAUGUCUCCUGUGCGAAAAUCAUCUCAAAAUUCUGCAAAACUGUCAGAUUCUGAGCUUUUGAGCUUUUUAAUCCAUGAAACAAAAGAUGCAACAGAGCCAAUAAUGGCUAAAUCUGUAUUCAUAAAGUGCAAGAAACUGGAAACGAUCGAGAAAACUUGGCAGUGCUAUUUGAGUCGAUUCACGAGAAAACUUGCACCAUUGAUGGAAGACUUCAACACCCACUCAGUAGAUUCCCGUGCUCGGACGAUGUUUGCCUUGGCUGGACGCGUCGAGCCCAGUUUUUUUGAAUUACUUCAAAUCCAUGCCAAUGUGCAACUAGAUGAGAUGAGCAGAAUUUGUAAAUAUAAAUCGAAAAAGGGGAAUCUGCAAUUUGAAGGAUGUCAUAGCCGGUCGGCAAAGAUAAGAAGAAGACAUAUUGAAAAACUGAAAAAGCCAAACAUUGUUAGAACAGAUGAUUUCGAUGUGAAAAUGGAGGAAGAAAUCGAGCAGGAGCCUGAGGAUCUUCCUGUGGAGGUUGCACUUCAGCCGAAUGAAAUAAGUUUGCACAAACUUUUGAAACAAAUGAGACAAAUGCUCGUGUUUCUGGAUUCGAACGGAUUCACAUCAAUCAGGCAGAAAAUCGACGAUUCGAUUAAAUUUUCACGCGAUGAGGCACUCCCAGAUUCACUAAUCGUUCUGACUCUUGACGGAAUGUUCACUGGAGCUUCUCGUAAAUUCCGACCGUCCGUGGAUCCUUCUCGAGCACAACAACAUGAUCAAUGGAAUGCUCGAGUGUUGUUGAUUGUAUAUCUUUGUUUUUUAUACGCGACAGAUUCACCGCGUCUUAAGAAGUUCCGGAGUAGAGUCAAGCAAAAAGUCGAUGAUCCUGAGAUUAAGGAGAAGGUGAUAUUGCUCCGUGACAUUCAAAUUAUUUUCGAAUACACACUCGUCAUCAUUUCACACUGAUUAUGGAUUUUUUUUCAAAUUUUAUAGCAAUUUAUGUGCUUUUUUGUGAGAUUAUUAUUUAAAUUUUCAAUUAUACGACUGAAAUCUUUUUUGUAAUUGUAUUUAACGAUUUUUUUCCACGGAUUUUUCAGAAUAAAUCCACUUGACUUCGA